AUGUCACCAACAAAAGUAGGAGCAAAAAAAACAGUAAAGAAUUUGAAAACAAAAAAGAAAUAUGAAAAUAGUACAACAAGAUGUAAAAGGUCGUUUGAAUUAUAUAUCUACAAAGUCUUGAAAUAAGUUCACCCAGAUCUGAGUGUUACUAAAAAGGCUAUGAACAUCAUGAAUUCAUUUAUCAAUGAUAUAUUUGACAGAAUAAUUCUUGAAGUCAGCCAUUUAGUCAGAUUUAGCGAUAAGAAAAGAAAAACACUUAGACCAAGAGAAAUCUAAACUGCUGUAAAAUUGUUAUUUCCAGGAAAGUUGGUUAAUUAUGCCAUAAAAGAUGGAGUCAAAGCACUCACCAACUAUAACUUCUAUUUCUUGAAGCAGUAAUAAGAUAGUCCUUUCUGUAAUUUUUAAGUUUAAAAAUGA